UUUUGACCCGUCUAAUAUAUACCAUGGAUUAUAUAAGUAAAAGUGUACAACAACUCUUUUCUUGUAUUAGAUAUUUAUUUGUCAAGCUAAGUUAGCUUAAGGUUAUGGGUUAUAUAUAUAUAACUCACAAGUUAUGGUAGAUGAGAAUUUCCUAAGGUUUUUCUCCUUUUAUUGUCUAGGACGUUAGUUUUGUUUAGUGUCUUUUUCGAGUGAUAAUAAUGGAAGCCGUUCCUAUGCCACUUCAUGUCCCUCUAUCAUCUCCUUCUUCGUUCCCAUGGGUUACUGAUGUUAUGGUUCAUCAACUUGGAGGGCAUUUACAUUCCUCGCUUUCACAGGGGAAUGAAUCAUUUGACGUUGGUAAUGUCAAUGCAGUGCCAUUAGUUAAGUCGCGAAAGAGGCCUGCAAUGCUAGUCUUGCCUGAAUUUAGCCCUGAGAAUGUGUUUUUUUCGGAGAAAAGGAAGAUUGAAAAUGUUGAAGUUGCAAUCCAAGGGAGGGAAUAUUGUGUGUUUAGUAAGAAAGGAAGGCGAGAGCAUAUGGAAGAUCGAUACAAGGUCGUUACUGACAUUUCUAGUGACUCUAACCAGGCAUUUUUUGCUGUUGUUGAUGGUCACGGAGGCCAAGCUGCAGCUGAUUACGUUGCAGAUAACUUAGGGAAAAACAUUCUGAAUACACUUGAAAACCUUAAGGAAGAAGAUCAGCAAGAAGUGGAUCAAGCCAUACGCAACGGCUACUUGGAGACUGAUAGAGGAUUCCUUAGUCAGGGUGUAAGUAGUGGAGCUUGUGCAGCGAGUGUGCUCAUAAGGAAUGGUGAAUUACACGCUGCUAACGUUGGUGAUUGUGGAGUAGUUUUGAGUAGAAGAGGUUUAGCAACUAAACUGACAAAUGAUCACCACCUAAGCAGAGAAGAUGAGCGUUUUCGAAUAGAAAGCACCGGUGGAUUUGUACAUAGCUGCAACGGAGUUUGGAGACUUCAAGGUACUCUAGCAGUGUCAAGAGCAAUAGGAGACCUGCAUUUGAAAGAGUGGAUUAUUUCUGAACCCGAGAUUCAGAAAGUUCCCUUAACCUCAGAUUGUGACUUCAUUAUAAUGGCCUCCGACGGGCUUUGGGACAAGGUGAGUGAACAAGAGGCUGUCGAUAUCGUUUCAAGGGAAGAAGCAAAUGCAAUGGAAUCCUGCAAGAAACUUGUUGAUGUAUCCUUUAGCAGAGGGAUUCCAUCCACGCACCAAGUUGAAGUCAUGGGACCAACAGAAGAUCAUACUAUGUACGAUGAUAACAGAAAAGCAGCUAUGGAUAUAGUACGAAACCAAAUAACUGAUCAGAUAUGGGAGUCAAUUCAGAGGAAUGCCGAGGUCAUGGAGCAACUUAAUGAAGAAGAAGAAGACGAAGAACUAACUGAUUAUGAAAGCUAGUAACUGUUGUGUAGUACUCUCAUUUUGUCAAUGAGUUCAACUAUAUAAAACAUGUGACCAUU